AGACACAGCAAAUUAAGCAACAUUAUCAUCGUUAUUGUUAGUAUCACUGGUAUUUUUGCAUUCUAAUACUGAAAAUGACUACCGGAAUAAUGACCAUCUGUUGCAUGAUUCUACUAACAAUAAUUACUGAAAAUAUUUAUUUGUCAUUUGGAAGGAAAGUAUCAUUGCUAUCGAAACAUGAUAGUAGACCUUAUAUCCAACAUCCGGUUGUUCUAAUCCCCGGCAUAGGUGGCAAUCAGAUGUAUUGUAAGCCAAAACAAUUUAAAGGUGAACCAUUCCCUGUAUGGCUUAAUAUCUUCCAUAUGGCAUUUCCAUCAUGGAUAAAUUAUUUAGUUCACAUGAAAUAUGAUCCUAUUAAAAAGAGAUCAGUUGACAACGAUGUCUGCAAGAUGACCAUCCCAGGAUGGGGUGAUACUCAGCCACUGGAGAAUUAUAACGCGGAUGGUUAUAGUCUAGGACAUUAUUUUCAUGAUUUAGUGAAAACGCUGAAAGAAGAUGCUUAUUUUAUAUCGAAUUUCACUAUACGCGGUGCACCGUAUGACUUUCGUCGGGCUCCAAAUGAAAACAAGGCAUUCAUGAGAAAUUUUAAAGCCUUAAUCGAAGAAACCUAUACAAAUGGAUUGAAUCGUUCAGUUGUUCUAGUUGCUCACAGUUUAGGCAGUUUGUAUACAAAAUACUUUUUAGAUCUGCAAACCUAUAAAUGGAAAGAAAAAUAUAUUAGAACUUAUAUUUCAGUGGCUGCACCAUUCGGUGGAUCAGUUAACGCUUUAAGUAGCCUACUGUCUGGCACUAACUACAAUAUCUUCAUACACAAUCCAAUUCUUAACCGACCACUCCUACGAACGCUUACAUCAGUUUCAUUUCUACUGCCCGAACCAUGGUUAUGGCCAUCGAAUUUCCCUUUGGUUAUUACCUCCCGUAAAAAUUAUACGGUGAAUCAGUUUUAUGAUUUGUUUAAAGAUAUUGGUUUUCCAAUGGGAUAUCAGAUGAUGAAAUCAUCCAAAGAGAAUUCCAACAUGUUUGACGAUCCACAAGGUUUAUCUCAAAUAUUAUGUGUGCACAGUUCAGAUCUACUAACGGUAAAACAAAUAGUCUAUAAAUCCUAUGGUCAUUUGCAUGAUAACUUUCCCGAUCAUUCACCAAUACCAACUUUUGAAAACGGUGAUGGUACAGUAAAUCUAGCCUCUUUAAGUGUAUGCAGAAAUUGGACAAACAGUAAGCAUAUUCUUAUACCUGGUGUAUUGCACGAUGAAAUAGUAUCUGAUAAGCGUUUCAUAAAUCUUGUAAUUAACACAGUCGGUGCAAAGGUUAAUGACACCUCAAAUCAGUAAAAUAACUGAAUUAUAAUGAUAAAUACAUGCAUAUUUCUUAUAAAUAAAAUAGAAUUGUAUUAACAGUAAUAACAAUGGUAAUAAUAAUAAUAAACUGUUUCAUAAAUGCAUCCAUGUUUUAUCUACACAAUGAAUACCAUAUAUAAUGACUGGCUGGAUAAACCUGUGUUAACGAGACAUCGGAUAUCUUGGUAGCUAAGCAAUAAAUGCACAGAAAAUAUCAGUAGACAGUUUGAUUUAUAAACAUUUCAACAUAUGACCUUCAAAUUCGGAAAUAUCUGAAGAAAAAGAAAAUGUCAAAACAGGUAAACAUCUUUUGUACCAAAUCAUUCAUCAUAAGAAAGAAAUAAACAAAUAUUAUAAACAGUGUGAUGUUAAACAGGAAAGUGAUUGCAUCAUUUGACCAGCUGCAUGUUUAAGUGUGAAUUCUACACAUGCAUAACAGUUGGUUAUAGUUCAUAUUACAUGGGGGUUAUGUUAUGUGUAAUGCCUGUGAAAUUAUCAAUAAUAGUAACAAUGAUAAACAAAUGAAAUGAGCUUUGCUACUGAAAUAUACACAAGUAGUUGGAAGCAUGCAAAGCAGUGCUGUCUGUCUGUGUGUGUGUGAUUUUACAAACAAUAUUUGAUGUGAAUUACUGAAGCGAUAAAGAAUUUAUACACUCUGACUGUU